GACGCCUGAUCCGGUAAACUGAAAGUCACGGAGCCGAAGGACAGCCCGCUCAGACUCAGACACGUCCACACAGCAACAACACGCAGACGCUUCAGGGACUGCGGGCGGUGUCGGGCACGAAGAUGAAGCUGCUUCUCGUCCUCGUUCUGAUGGUCAUCAUACCGACGGUGGUUGAACCAGCGACCGAGCAACCGUACAUAUGGGAAAGAGCAACAGGAGCUUCUGCAGUAGACCUGAGAGGGAAGAUGUUCACUUUGGCUAGAAGUUAUGGAGGAAUAACCUUCUACCCCCCCAAUUAUCAUUCCUCCACUCCUUACCCAACCAGAAGAAACACAGCCCGUUCCUGGACCACUGCCGUACCUUCCACCACCCGUCCCUACACCUUUUCUACCCGCGCCUGGACCACCAGCAGUGACCUGACCACCACCCGCAGCUGGACCCCCACCUAUCCCUGGACUACACGGAGUCCAACUAGAGGUGUGUCCGUGUGUCUGCGUUACAUGACCGACCAGUCUUACUUCCAGCUCUUCACUCUCAGCCCAGACAGAUCCCCUCUGACGGUGGGGGUGAACCCUAACUCAUAUCAGCUGACAUUCGACAAUUACAAUUACAACUACGUGAACCUGCAACCCCUCAUCGUGUUCUGGCCGAACACUGACUCAGACUUCUGGACCAGCAUGUGCAUCACUGUGGACACCAGGAAGGGUGUGGCCCAGCUGUUCAGUGGCAGAAACAUGAGCGUCAGGAAAGUGCUUUCUUAUGAGUAUGUGUGGUCAGGUGAGCCUGUGAUUGAUUUCUCAGGCUUUGAUGGUCAGCUGACAGACGUGCAGGUGUGGGAUUAUGCCCUCUACUAUAAAGAAAUCUUCUACUACAUGACCAGAGGCCGUUAUGAGUCUUACAGGGGCUCCGUCCUCUCCUGGUCCUACAUCAGCUACUCUCCCAGAGGAAGGGCGCUCAUGGAGGAGUCCUAUGGUUUGAAGGCAAAACAGCCAAUCAGGAAAGUGGCUCAAAAGCGUGGACUGAAGAGAGAGAAGCUGAAGAAGAAGAAGAAACUGCUGAUCUAAUAGAGACGUAACAGAGGCUUUAGCACAAAAUCAAUGAUUCUGUCUGUAACAUUAACAAUGAGCUGAUUUUAUGUGUUUGAUUUCAGUGUGAUUAUAUUUACAGGACUCGGUGCCAAACGAGUCUCACUCCGCAUCUCUCGUACACGACGUACCUGCGUGAACUUCACAGCACACACACCUGAGUCCAGCCUCUCCAUCCACAGGUCCCACCUUCAUCACAGGUCAGGGGGUGAAUGUGUUAUAACCCCUCUGGAUACUGCUAAGGCUUAAAUUUGAAAAAAGGGGAGUGGCUGCUUUGAUUGACAGGGUGUGCCUGCACCUGGCCUCACCUCUAUUGCAUUCAAAAUGCUCCAAAUAAUCCGACUUGUUGUCGGAUAGCUGUCUGCUCCGCUGCAGUUAGCAGCUGUCAGUCUGUGUGACGCACCUGUGCAGGUGGUGACUGCAGCUUUCCAAACAAGCUCAGAAGUGUUAGCAGCUGCUCGUUAGCAGGCUGCACCCUGAACUCACCACCUCGAUGAGCUACUGAGAAAAGAAAAUCACCCCAAACUAGAGUUAUUAUUCUGGAGGACCCUAUCCAUAUGGACCAAAACAUUUUUAUAUAAGCAUGUAAAUGUGUUGGUACACGGCUUCGUCCUAUUGGCUGAAAUUUGCAACCAACCAGAACGGCCAAGUGAGCUGAAGGCACCCGAAAUCCUGUCCAGACCGAAGAGUUCAGAUCUGACUGAAAGCUCGUUUUGUUGUAUCAGCUGUUUUUUUAAACAAUAACAAUAAA